CAGUGAAAGUGUUGUCCAGCUGCUUUUCCUCUGGAGUCAUGAAAGUGACCUGUUCUGCUGAUGGAGACAACCUUCACUUCAGCUGGACUUCUGACUUUAACACAUUCCCUCAACUAGAGAACGGGACCAGCACUGUCACACUGGAACAAGACCAUCAAGGAAACAUCACCUGCCAUGUAGAAAAUCAUGUCAACCGUCACCACGAUACUGCUGAACUCCACCAAUGUCCUGGUUCACUGUUUCAGGAUCAUGUCUGUAGAUUUAAUCAGAUUAAACCGUGCCAUGUUGCUAUGGGACAACGACUGUACCUGCAAAUGCCGCUGGAGGAUGGGUUUGACCUAAAGACACCUAGUUUCAACUUAACAUAUAGAAAAAACCAAAGUUCCCCAACACCAACACCACGUCUCCCAAGAUGGCAGUUUGUUAAUGAUAGUAAAACUAUGAUACUAACCAGUGCAGAGAGGAACGACUCUGGAACAUACACUUUAGAGAUCUUUGAUGUAGACGGGAGAAGUAAAGGCAGUUAUACUCUCCAGGUGAACAUUGAAGCUCAGGUGUCCUCAGUGAAAGUGUCCUACAGCUGCUUGUCCUCUGGAGUCAUGAAAGUGACCUGUUCUGCUGAUGGAGACAACCUUCACCUCAGCUGGACUUCUGACUUUAACACACUCCCUCAACUGGAGAACGGGACCAGCACUGUUACACUGGAACAACACCAUCAAGGAAACAUCACCUGCCAUGUAGAAAAUCAUGUCAGCCGUGACCACGAUACUGCUGAACUCCACCAAUGUCCUGGUUCACUGUUUCAGGAUCAUGAUGUCUGUAGAUUUAAUCAGGGAAAUCCAUGCUAUGUAAUUCUGGGACAACGACUGCAACUGCAAAUGCCCUGGGAGGAUGGGUUUGACCUAAUGACCACUAAUUUAAUUUUAACAUAUAGAAAAACCCAAAGUUCCCCUCCAACACCACGUCUCCCAAGAUGGCAGGUUGUUAAUGAUAAUAAAACUAUGAUACUAACCAGUGCAGAGAGGAGCGACUCUGGAACAUACACUUUAUACAUCUUUGAUGGAGAAGGAAGAAGUAAAGGCAGUUAUACUCUCCAGGUGAACAUUGAAGCUCAGGUUUCAUCAGUGAAAGUGUCGUACAACUGCUUGCCCCUUGGAAUGAGAGUUAGGUGUUCUUCUGAUGGAGACAACCUCCACUUCAGUUGGACUUCUGAUUUUAACGCAUUCCCUCAACUGGAGAACAAGAACAACACUGUCACACUGGAAGAAGACCAUCAAGGAAAAGUCACCUGCCAUGUAGAAAAUCAUGUCAGCCGUGACCACGAUACCGUGGAGUUCCACCAAUGUUCUGGUUCACUGUUUCAGGAUCAUGUUGUCUGUAGAUUUAAUCAGAGUGAUCAGUGUUAUGUAGCUGUGGGACAACGACUACAACUGCUAAUGCCCUCGGAGGAUUGGUUUGACUUAAAGAACACUGGUUUAAUUUUAAGAUAUAGAACAAAAGAAAGUUCUUCACCAACACCACUUCUCUCAAGAUGGCAGUUUGUUAAUGAUAAUAAAACUAUGAUACUAACCAGUGCAGAGAGGAACGACUCUGGAACAUACACUUUAGAUAUAUUUGAUGGAGACGGGACAAAUAAAGGCAGUUAUACUCUCCAGGUGAACAUUGAAGCCAGGGUGUCCUCAGUGAAACUGUCCUACAGCUACUUGUUCUCUGACGUCAGGAGAGUGUUCUGUUCUGCUGAUGGAGACAACCUGCACUUCAGCUGGACUUCUGAAUCAAUCACUCGGUUGGAGGACGACAACAAAACUCUCGUACUGGAUAAAAUGCAUAAUGAAAAAGUAACCUGUCAUGUCAAAAAUCAUGUCAAUCGAGACUACAAUUCAAUUGAACUGCCAAAGUUUACCAGUCUCACUGUGUUUGUGUUUUUGUGGGUCUUUGAAGUCAUCAUCCUGAUGUCUGCAUUAGUGGGCACACUGUACAUUUACCCCAGAAUCUACAGAAAAAUGAGGACACCAGAGAGACCAGGAAGCUCUGUAACCCUUGACAAGGAUUAGAAGAGGCAGUCUGUGGCUGAUCUCCUCUAGUCGAGCAGCCAUUGUUCUCCGUCUCAUCCAGACUAAAACCUGAUAAAAAUGUAACCAUUACCAUAACAGUGUUACAGUGCCUUCUGCUUACCGACCUUGCUAUUGCUCUCUGUUUUGCAUUGUUUGCUCUGUGUUUUAAAAAAUUAAAUCAUCCUCAUGAUUCCUGCAAUUUCCUUUGAAACUGAGUGCUAAUUUUUUUUUGUUUUACUUAUAAUAUUUAAACACCACUGUAAUGAUGUGAUGCUACAGUAGCAACAAUUUAAUAAAAUAUUAAAUAUUUUUGAAAUGUAAAUCUAAUUUCUAAGUCCUAUGUCUAAAUGUGUGAAUGCUGAAUUAAAAUCUGUUUUAGUUAUUAUUAAUGAUUUUAUUAUCUUUUUUUUUUUAAGGUAACUCACCCCCACACAUUUGUUCUAGACUGUUCUAUUGUCUGUAUUAGGGGUGUGCAAAGCAGCCGGUAUUUGUAUCUGUAUUUGUUGAGGGGGGAAAA